AUGUUCACGUUUGAUGACCUCGGUCAAAGCUCUACUUUCCAUGAGCUGAAAGCUAUCUACUAUGUGUUAUUGUCCUUCGCUGGCCAGCUUACGCACCAAAGGGUAAAAGUUUUCACUGAUAAUCAGAGAGCUUCCAGAAUAGUGUCCAUAGGUAGUUCUAAAGUUCGCCUCUAGUUGGUUGCAUUAUCUUUAUUUCAGUUUUGUUCUGCAUGGGAUAUAUCCCUCGAAUCAUAGUGGAUUCCCAGAUCGCUGAAUGAGAAAGCUGAUCACUUCAGUAGGUUUUGCGAUAAAGAUGAAUCCAUCUGUUUUCCGGCUAGUGGCUGCCAAGUGGGGUCCCCUCACAAUCGACCCUUUGCAACCUAGGACAAUGAUCCAAGAUUUAACUCGAAGUUCGCUUCUCCUGGUUCCAGUGGGGUGAACGCCUUGGUGCAAGACUGGAGUGGUGAGAACAAUUAUAUUGGAUUUGUCCUCAAGUCAGGCUCGUGGUGGAUUCCGUCCGUCAUCUGACAUCAUAUGUUAGUCGCACAACCCUGAUCAUUGCAGAAUGGCCCUCGUCGUAUUUUUGGCCUUUUUUACGCCAGGGAUGUCAGUUUAAGCCUAUUGUGGUAGAAGUUUUUUCCCUCCCGGCGAUGAGCAACCUUUUGCUAGAAGGGCCAGGACAGAAGCCCCUACUUGUGGCCUGUUUGGCCCGUAAUUUUGGGCUGAUUUGGCCGAAGAUCAAGUUGUUUGAGCGUUUGGGGGGAUUUUUCCCUUUUCGGUUUUAUUAUCAAACACCUAUUCAAAUUAAAUGGUUUUGAGAUGACUCCUUGUUAUUGUUUCAGACGUUCUUCUUUCCGGGACCAAUCAUUACGUCGUUUGGUUCCAGGCCUUCUACGUUUGCAGCUAGGAUCGAAGGCUCCAUCCACUGUGUCUAUGUAUAAGUCUGGCUGGUUAAGAUGGCGAAAGUGGGCGUCUUCGAAGAAUAGUAAACCUGUAAAUCUGGCCAAGCCUUUGUAUAUUGCCUUGUUUAUCAAUGAACUUACGAACAUUUGUGUGGAAAAAUUUAUGGGUGUGUCACCCAUUGAACUUACGCUCUAUGGAGGGUCAUACUAUGGCCGGGAUGGAAUCUUGCCUCACUGGUCGUCCACUCGCGAAAUCAUCUGUCGAAGUAGCGAAAAGGAAGGUGGCUCGUCCAGUGCAGCCAAAAGAGCCUUUGUUCGCAGAUAG